AUGGUGCAAGAAUCCACUCGCUUGGUGUGGUCAGACCCUCAUUUGGCGCGCGAAGUGGCCCUAAGCUUCAAUUCAAGGGCCGGCUGCAAUAAUAUCAUGGACAAAAUUAAGGCAUUCAACCGUGCAGAGCGCCAGCGGCUAGCGAGGGCUCUACAAGAUGAGCACGUCCUCUUGUAUAAGUGGGAUGGGCAAUCGUACUGCCUCGAAACUAUCUUUGAUGUAUCCUGCAGGAAUACCCAACGUUUGGGAUCUGCCUACGAGGACACGACACGUCUAUUAAAGAGCACGCAUCCUGUUUCCUGA